AUGGAUCGCCUUCCGAACGAGAUCUCGGAUAACAUCUUGCAAUCUCUCUCCAUCCGGGAUGUCAAGAGCGUCCGCCUGGCAUGUCGCUCCUGUGCUGCGAUGGGCGCGCCGCAUCUGUUCCCACGCGUCUGGCUGUCUUCCCAUCCGCUUGACGUGCAGAUCUUUCGUAUGGUCGUUCGAAACCCGUUGAUAUGUCGCGGGGUCAAAGAGCUGAUAUGGGACGACACGACGUACUGCGAUUCAUUGAUGGAGAAGAAGAAGUACUUGGAAACGGCCAAGCAUUUCGGGUCGUGGGGGUCUUGGUGCACAGACCUCUAUCCUCGAACAGAGGGCGAGUACGGGUACUGGCUGUUCUUCGAGAAAGCACAACUUCAUCACCACAUCCGUCGGAAGAGAAAGGACGAGCGACUCUUGUUGUCCGCUCUUCCAAAGCUCCAAAAACUCAAGAGCGUGGUCUUGUCGAGCCGCCACCAUUAUAUGCCCGCGCCGGACGAUCUGUCCUACGGAGAAUCACCAACUGCUCGAUUAUGGCCCAAGGAACGCCUUUUCAAGACUUUUGCCUACCCGCCGACCGUGAACUGGAAGGCUGUACGCAAGGCAGGCAGCAAUUCCGAGCCCAAGAACGAUGACUUGCGGCAAAUGAUGACUGUGGACUACCACCACGACGCGUGGGACAAGAACGAGCUCACAGAUGCUUCAUGCGUCCAUGUUCAGCGCCCUUGGAGAGGGUUGCUGAUACUUCUGCGAGCACUAUCGAACACUGAAAAGCCCAUCGAAAGCUUCGAGAUCCGGCCUCAGUUUGCGUCGAAAUGGGGCGAGGACAAUAGCAUGGUUGGCAUCUCUCAUUACUUUUUCCGGCAACGGAGCGCCGACCUCGAGCGCUUCAUCGCUAUCGCUCGACACCUUCGGAAGCUGAAUCUUGUGGUGAGCUGUGAAGGUGCAGGCCUAGCGGAAGGCCGACAUGCUUCGGCCAUCAGAACGGUGAAACAAGGCCACUUGACUCGCCUUCUGCAGUCGGCCGAGAAUCUAGAAGAGCUUCACUUUGAGUUACCAGUGCCUAAUGUCAUGAAGACAAUCGGUACACAGGCUCACUAUCCUCGCUUGAAGAAUCUAUCCCUCAUGCAAGGAAUUGUGGAACCCUUGGAGCUGGUCGACUUGCUGAAGAAACAUCGCCGAACGAUACAGUCACUCACUCUAUCUCACUGCAACAGCUCCAACGAAUCUUGGAAAGAGCUGUUUGAGCAGUUAAAGACUGAAGAUAUUUACUUGAGCAUCGAGGUAGACUUUCUCUUCGAACCCGAUGGAGUCAGCUGGUGUCGGACGAUGGAGCCACAUGACAUCAAUGCGUUCUUUACAGGCAAUGGACCGGUACCUCUUCGAUUGAGUACCUGGAGAGGCAGCCCACCUCCACGAUUCUGA